UGGGAGCUGCAGACGUGCGACCACCGAGCCCACCGACACCGAACGACGAGCUCGACCUGCGCUGUGUUGGGAGGACCAUGUCGUCCACAUGUCCCAAAUGCGAAAAGACGGUGUUUUUUGCGGAGAAGGUGUCAUCUUUAGGCAAAGACUGGCACAAGUUCUGUCUGAAAUGUGAACACUGCUGCAAGACGCUGAACCCAGGAGGCCAUGCUGAGCAUGAGGGGAAGCCUCUCUGCCACAAACCAUGCUACGCUUCCCUCUAUGGACCAAAAGGGGUGAACAUUGGCGGAGCCGGCUGCUACGUGUACGCCGCUCCUGUCAUGGAGGCACCGGCGGCUGUUACCAAGGAAACCAAAGCGGAGGAGAAAAAAGCCCCCGUGCGGGGACCAGUGAAGGCCGCCAGCUUCUCUGCUGUCACAGACGGGCCUAACAAGUGCCCCCGCUGCAACAAGACAGUUUACUUUGCCGAGAAGGUGUCAUCUCUGGGAAAGAACUGGCACCAGCCUUGUCUGCGCUGCGAGAGAUGCAGUAAGGCGCUGACGGCUGGCGGCCACGCUGAGCAUAAUGGCCAGCCAUAUUGCCACAAGCCAUGCUACGCCGUGCUGUUUGGACCAAAAGGCGUGAACACCGGAGGAGUGGGCAGCUACAUCUACGACAAAGCUCAACACUGAACAAAACACCUCACUCAUCUUGAACCUCAACAUCUCUUUGUGUUGACUUCUCUGGUCAUCACACAAUCUCCUCACGCUUGAAUCUUCAGUAUGUCCUUUCAUUUGCCUGUCUUUACUGGUUCCCUUUAAAUGAAGGCUUAUACUAUUCUAUUCUAGACCUGCCAAAUGUAGAAAGCCUUUUACGCAGUAAGAAUUUAAAGGAAGAACACAUUUCCUUUGCGUUAGUCAGUCAAAUGUAAUGCCUAAAAUCAACAUCAGCCAAAUUUAAAUCUUGUCUUUCUAAUGAACAUGGAGGAAGCUAAAAAUUAACUUCAGACGGAACUAUUUUUUUGUUUCAAAAUUAAAAGGUUGUACUGAAAUUAACAUGUCGUGUUUUGAUUGUGCUUCCUAGCCAAUUGAGUCAAUACGUGGCUUUUUUAUUUGGUAUUAAAUUGUGUAUCUAAUACAUCCCCUACAAAAUGAAUAUUAUUGUGGUUAUAGACUGCAGGGGUGAUUUAACGAAUGUUUGUUUGCAGUGGUGUACUGAUGUUGGUAAUUUUGGCCAUAACUCACGAGCCACAAACUUCUAUGUUGUAAUAAACGUAUGAAAUAGGUCUGCAUUCAGGA